GCUAGCCAAGGUGCUGAAGGGGUCCUGCGCUCGCUCCUGAAGCCCGCUUGCUGCUGUCCAGGGUGCUGAAGGCAGAAGGCUGUUCUUGGUGCUGAAGACAACUGCCUAUCUGCGCCUCUCUCUCUCUCUCGCACACACAAUUCUCCGCCAGCAGCAGUGACGUAGUCGAACGUGCACGCGGUUCAGCCCCAGUGUCCCUGAGACACCAGCUUCUCAAGGGGGCAGAAACUGAGAAGGAGGAGAAACGAGCCAGAGCGGUUCCUGGAGACUGCGUGUGUGUGUUCUAAUCCUCCUCUCUCUCUUGUGUGUCUCUGUGUGUGUUGCCAGCACAGCCCCGGGAAAAGAAGGCGCUUCUCCAGCCCCCGCCCGCCUGCCUGCCUGCUGCCUGCUCCCAGCCCAUGAGGUACUGUGGCAAUGUGUGCGGUCUGGAGCACAGGUUUACUGCCAUCCUAAAUUGCCCCCGUCGAUUAUGGGCUGUAUUGGCUCCAAAACCACCAUCGUGGCUGUGGACACUACUUUGCACGUGGAGUGGAACGAAGUGAAGCCCCUGCCCGCCCUCUCGCCCCUGGGCCAUACCCGGACCUCACUGGUGCGCAGGCUGGUUCGCCAGAGCUCUGUGGACAGCCAGGACUCUCUCGAGGUAAAUGUUGAAGACACUGUCGAAAUGUUACCCAAGUCGCGGCGAGCGCUCACCAUCCAAGAGAUCGCAGCCCUCGCCCGGUCCUCCCUGCACGGUAUUUCGCAGGUGGUGAAGGACCAUGUGACGAAGCCCACCGCCAUGGCCCAGGGUAGAGUAGCUCACCUCAUCGAGUGGAAGGGAUGGUGCAAGCCCGUGGACUCCCCUCUCGCUCUGGAAAGCACCUUCAACUCCUAUUCGGACCUCAGUGAAGGAGAGCAGGAGGCCAGGUUUGCUGCAGGCGUAGCUGAGCAAUUUGCCAUCGCCGAAGCCAAGCUGAGAGCCUGGUCUUCCGUGGAUGGGGAUGAUUCCAACGACGAAUCCUACGAUGAGGACUUUACCGCCUCCACCCCCACUGACACCACUCAACCAGCUGAUGCGAUGAACCAGCUGCCACCCAGCACCUUGCUGAAAGGGCUCCUGCACAGCCGCCUGUGCCAGCUGAGCGCCCGACAAGCUUCCUGCGACCCGGAGAGCGACUCCACCCAGACCACCAUCUCCCCAGAGACUUUGUGCUCCAGCCUCUGCAGCCUGGAGGACAGCCUCCUUCUCAAGGAGCUGAGCUCGCCUUCGGAACUGGCCGCCAAGCUUCUGGGCUCCCUGUCCGGCGGGGAGGAGCUGCUCCUCUCCAAGUUGCCCCUACAGACACCCGGAGAAUGUGCCUUCCGGAGCCUGGCGCAGCUCGAGUGCCAGGACUCUCUGUACUCCAUGUCCUUCACGGAGUCCUGCCUCUCGCCCGCCGAGGAAGAGGGGAUCCCCUGCAAGGACUACCACACAGGCUGCCAGAUCCGGAGGAAAGUGUCCGACGUGGCCUCCUCGGGCGUGGUGUCGCUCGACGACAACGAGGAGGAGGAGGAGGAGGCGGCGGAAGACGAGGAGGACGCUGGAGAGCAGUGAACCCUCAUCUGGCUGUGGCAUGCUUCACCUGCCAUUUUGUUCCACUCAGUGGCCCCCCGACCUCGGCCCUGCUCUGUACCUCUCGGUUCUCCGGGAGCGGUGGUUUCUCUCCUCUGGGAGGUGGCAAGGCAGGCGGAAAGCAAACCGGCCCUCCCCGUUCCCUCCCGUGCCCUCCUCACCUCCACCUUGCCAUCUGAUUCCAGCCACUGCAGCCUGAGGGGGCGUCCUCUCUGGCUUUGUGGAUUUUGCCUGCUGCAUUUUCAAUCCCUCUCUCAAUCUCAAUCUCAAUCUCAAUCUCAGUUUCUCUCUCUCUCUCAAUCUCAAUCUUUCUCUCUCGUGGCCUGUUUUUGUUUUUAUUUGCAUGAGAAUGUUUUGGGGGGAACGAAACAAGCAAAAUAACGAAAACGGGGCAGCGCCCACAGGACUCGUUACCGCUUGGGUCGGUCCGGAGCAUGCUACACACCCCGGUCUCCGUGCCCAGGGAGAAGAGGUGCCUGUCUGCUGUCCGGGUGGCAUGGCUAAAUGCUCUUAAAGCAGAACUGUUAUGUUUCUUAAAGACAAUUUAACAAUAUAUAUCUAUAUCCAGCUAUCUAUAUACACGUAUAUUCCCGUUUCCCUUCCAAACUCCUCCGGCCCAAGGCAAAGGGCUGAAAUGGAAUGUGGAAUGCAAUGGAUGCUUGACUUGUUAUGCCUUGAAAAAAAAAAAAAAAAGAACAGAAACACACACACACACACACUCACGCACUCAGGCACUGGCCCCAAUGGACACUUCUCGGCUUUUACUGUAUUGAAUUUUAUACUGUGGACCUGCUGGAAGAAAGGGGGAAAGGAGGAGCAGGGGCACAUGGCUGUGCUUUGAGUGAGAGCACCAAUCACUUUGGCGGGGUCCCCUCCUCCGCCCCCACUUUCUUCCUUGGGAGGAAGCAGGAAGCAUGGCAUGGGUUGGUGGGGGCCCCAGUCUUCCCACCCUGCUCCAGAUCUUUUCUAUAUUUUUGUAUGUGUGUCUCCAUGUUGCCGACGUCAGGGGCAGCACGGCCCCCCACUCUGGCCGGGUUUUCUAAGGGGUUCUUUCCUGCCACUCCGCGCUCCCGCCCUGGCCAAUCCGGGCGGGAAAUACUGUGAUCCUCAUCUCACUCCCUGCCCUUGCCGUUCGCUGAUGCACCGGACCAGUUGGAAACCUUUCUAGAAAGGGCUCCAUCUCCUCCUCGCCUUAGACCCAACCAGUGCCAAGACAGGGGGACCUGCAGACUCCAGGAGAGCCCCAGGAAAACCAGGAAGCCUUGGUGGGGUGAGGGGCAGUCAUGCACACAGGCUGGGCAUAACCAGGCCACCAGCUUAAAUCAGUUUAUACUGGCUCAUGGCUCUUCUUAAAGCUUCAAGAGGCUGUGAGAGUGCUGAAAAGUAUCUGCGAGAAAUCUUGAGCCCUGCCUCACGCAACCAAAGGGGAGGGUCGAACUGGACGAUCCAUUGAAGGAGGGAUUCUCCUGCUUGGGUCCCCAGGUGUUGCUGGACUACAACUCCCAUCUUCCCCUGAGAUUGUGUCGGGGGAUGGUGGGUGUUGUAGUCCAACACCAUCUGGGGAUCCAGGCUUGAGAAAUCCUGCACUAAACGCACAAGGGCCUUGCCUAGGUUUGUGUUUUGUUUAGAAAUAGCGGGCGUGGGAGGGUUGCAGGGUUGUGGCAUGCAAGAAGGACUUUGCUCUUUUCCUGCCAGAAAUCCUCCCUGAAGCGGCUGUUUCCCUCUGAAGGUGCCCUCAGCCGCAAUGACACUUUCGGGGGCAGAUUUUCAGUUGGAAAAUGAUGCACAGGGAAAGAGUCCGCUCCCUUACCCGUGUGCCAUGAUCCUGAUCUGGAUUGGGACGCCCCUAUGGCUGCAAUGUCUAAAUGCACACCUGAGCUACAUUUAUUGGUGCAAAUUGUGGUGCAACAUGACCCUCAGUUUCCCCAGGGAGAGAGGGAGUGACUCUCACGCCAGUUUUAUGACUGCAGUGCAGCUAGGGAGAGAGAAAGGGCUGCACCACUGAUGCAAGCCUGUACACUUAUUUCGGUGCUUGCAUGCCACUUUCUUGCCGCAAAGCAACACGGAAUAUCUCGAGGACAUAAACAGCAAAUCCGGUUGGAAUGUACAACUCCUCAGCAAGGCAGCAGAGAGCCACCCAAUCCUUCAACUCAAGAGACAUGCCACCUUAAUUUGCCACCGACCCCCAAGGCCUGGAGGAAGGAGCCGCUCUUUCAAUGCUGCCUUCCAGCUGGGAGAGAUGGGGUGCCACACCCCUCCCCCCCCCAAGAAUCGGGAGUUCCAGAACCAGGCAGGCAGGCAGGGUGGGGCUGCCUUGGUUGUGACACACAAGCUGGAGAAGUCCUGCCUCUACGAGGUGCACCUUUCCUUCUCUCUCCCAGCUUUUAGGUGCUGGCUGACAUGACGCCCAGCGUUCCAGAGACGCUGCUCACUGUGAUGGCGCUGCUGCAGACGCGUACGGCAGUCCAACGCAGUAGAGAAUGUGUGGUGACACAGCCACAACCAUGGGAGAAACUGCUGCCACCCUGCUUGCACAGACGUGCAUUCGCCACAGCAGGGCUAGGCAACCUUGUUUCCCCUCCAGCAGUUGCUGAACUACAACUCCCAUCAUCCCCCAUUGCCAUUUAUUGCAGCCGGGGAUGGCGAGAGUUGUCGUUCAGCAACAGCUGGAGAGCAAACAAGGUUGUCUAGCCCUGUAUUUACAGUGUUGAGGUGGCCUUUUUUAAUUGCACCCAGUCAUCCUGUGCUGCAGAUGUGGCCACAGAGACCUAUCCCUGCAAAUGCACACAAAGAGAAAGGUGAUGCACGUGCAGAUUCCCACCAUAAACAGAUGCACACCUGUCUGCUCCCAAUAUAUGGAUCUGCAGCCUGCACAUGCAUGCAUGCACGCACGCACGCGCACACACAAGCAUGAAUCUGGGCCUAAACUCCCUUCUAAAGACAAUCAGACAUACCCCUUUUGGUUUUACUGCCUAUCGCUUUCCUUCUGUGUGGAAGGGCAGUGGAUGGUCACUGAUGUUACAGUGGCUGCAGCAUUGGAAUAUCCUUUAAAAGUGUUCUCUUAGGGUUUCAGUGGGCCGGGGGGGGGGGCAGUGGCGGGCAGAGGGAGGUGAGGCAACUGUGAAAGACACACAGCAGAGGCAGCCUUCCAGUCGUCCGCGAUGAGUCUCUCCGCUAACCUCUCAGUUCUCAGUCCAGCCCUUUCGUUUCCAUACACGUCUUAGCCCUUCUGUGGAAAGUGCACUAAAGUGGUACUUCAGAGUGAGGAUGAAGUCUUUAAGGAAGAUUAUGAGGGUUUUGGAAGACUGGUUUUUAAGGGUUACAAUCCCAUCCACCAGAGAGCUGCUUGGCUUGGGUCCCCAGAUGAGGCGACUGGGUUUACCUGAAUCCAAGACUAGGUUUCUCCCAGGUUCUUUGAUACUAUAAAUUGGGGAGUCAUCUUAAACUAAGAUAAAGACAGGUAUGGCCUGUAUUUUUAAAGGGAAUCAUCUUAAAUUCAGAAUGGUCUUCUAUUCGGUAAAUACAGUACAACUGCCUCUGGCCACAGCAGUUUGGGCUGAUGGGAGUUGUAGUCCACCAACAUUUGGGAUAGGUUGCUACACACAUUCAUCCAGAAGUAAACACUUAUAGAAGCCAUUGUGGCUGGGGGUGAUGGGAGUUGUAGUCCAACAACAACAUCUGGGGAGUCAAGUUUGGGAACCGCUGCUGUAGGUGUUUACCCAGAAGUAAGUCCCAUUAUAUCCAGUGGGGGUUUCCUCCCGGGUCAGGAAUGCAGCCUCAGCAUCUUGGCCCCACGGGGGCCUCUUGGGGCGAAAGAUGUCUGUUCCGUGGGGCAGGGAGGGUCGUGUCAACUUGAUACUUCCUAGCAACCGCACACUGCUAGAGAGGAUGAAUGUGCCCGCAGGGGCUGGGUACCACAAUGCUCCCUCACAGCUAUUGAGACACAGUUGUGGGCCGCCUCAAAGGAUGACAAUGAGGCACGAGAGACAUCAUCACACUGAGAGGGAGGGACCGAGGGCCGCUGGAGAACUAUGACAACCGGGUUCGAUGCAAGGAUGUCUCUCGCCAUCAAGGACACGUGCGAUGCUCUCCAGACUCUCUCCCCGCGCCACGACCAUGCUGUGCGGAUCCAGGCCAUUCAGUGGAACUGCACAUGCCCUGGGCCCCAACGAACCUCUGUGCAGCCCCUCCCCUCCCCGUGACCCACAACACUCCCCCCCUCCCCGAUGCCUGUGCAGAGCUGUGCCCCCAAACCAAUGCAUCUCUCCCCCACUUUGCCUCCAAGCUCUCAAGCCCUUGCACUCCCCCCCCACCUUCCCAUUGCACAAUAUUGUUUCUGUGUGUCCUCCUCUCCCCCCCCCCCACCCCGGUGUACGCCCCGGCUGGUACGAGUGUCUGUUUUGUUCUGUUUGUAUCUGUAAUUCAUUAAAAGGCUGGUUCUGCCUA